AUGAGAGAAAAUAUCGAUAAAUCUGAUUUUUAUAAUUUACCAUUAAAAGAUAAUGAUGAUCAUGCAUUAUGUUUUCCUUGUAUUCUAACACUUGUUUUUUUCGUAUCCAUUUUUCUUUUAUGUGCAAUAUCAAUAGAAGAUGUUAAACCUGUUUCAAAAGUUUCAAGACAAAAUUUUGUUGCAUUACCGAGUUAUUCAAAAUUAUUAACACUUUUGAAAAAUCGAGAAACAAAAUUUUAUGAAAAUGAUGAUGACAUCUCACGCGAAAUAAAACAAUUAACAUCAGUAAAUCGACGAUUUUUUCUUUUUCUUGUUCAACGUACUACUCGUCGAAAUCGACCAUAG